AUGUCGUCCGGUGGAGCAUCUUCGAGCGAAGCAGCUGCCGCUACGCCUGCGCCCUUCCUCUACGAGAGCCCACCGAGACCUCCGCCUGCGCCCCUCACCUAUGAGAACCUUCAGAGCUUGAGUCGGCAGACGUUCUCUCCGCACCCUCGCCUUCCUCCAGCUUCCGCCCUCUCUGACCUUCACUCUGGCUCGUCCUUCGAUCCUCCAUAUUUGAAUGCUCGCCGCCACAUACUCAAGUCUGCUCAAAUCGUUCUGCUCCGUGGGCAGCCCCCUCCGAAUGUCCAAGCUCAACUGAAUGCCAUCUGGGAAUCGGGACAAUCCGAACGGAGGGCCAGCAAAAUCAGGAGGAUUGCCGAAAAGUUGGCAGACAAACUCAGGGUCAGGUAUACCCAGGACAAGAGCAGCCAUGACGCAUGGAUCGCCCCAUUCACCUGGGCUCUGCGGAAGUUGGAUUCAGGUCACCGACUCCUUACGGUGAGCGGGGAGAAGUUGACCGGUCUCUCCGGCCCUCGGACGCAGUUCCUCGAAGGAUCUCCGCCAUCGCCUACACUGAGUAUGUCCAACAUGGUGCCGCCAGUUUCGUCCACAUCGCACCCAUCGUCGAGCCCAACUUAUAUUACUUUGCCUCCCCGCCCGACCCUUUUACUUGGCUUCCGGGUCGAGGAUGUACUGAAGGGACUGGUCGAGCGUGGCCUACCACAAGUUGCAACCGAGCUCUAUCUUGAUCUUCUCAAUGAGGAUAAGGAAAUCUGUUUUGCGCCCACGCGAGAUGGAAGGAUUGAGCUGCGUUACCCUUUCCUCGCCGUUGAGGCCCAGCGAGAGACGACAGGAAAGCCCCUGACCACGACUCACUACGAGAACAUGCUGUCCGGAAGCUAUAUCAUCCAUCAUCAGAUUAUGAUCACCAUGGCGCUCGAAUCCGGCUGUUUCGUUCCCGGCGAAGAUGGCCAAUCCCCGCUGUUCUUCUCCAUUGCUAUCCAGGGAUGUGCCAUGGAACUCUGGGUGCACUAUUUUCAGGAUUCCGAAUACCGAAUGAACCGUAUCCAAGAUGGCGAGGGAAUGGAUUUUGGGGACAUCCUUGUGAAGUUGGACUGCAUCAUCUCGUGGUACAAAGACAAGUUCUCUACAAGUGUCAUGGAUGCUGUCGCCAAAAAGAUCAACGAUGAAGUUGAGGGAGCAGUGCGACAAACGCGCGACGCGGGCCUGGAAGUCUGA